AUGGCGGAGCGCGAGUCUAGCGUAGCUUCCUCGACCGACUUUUAUGAAACCGCGGCAAAGCCCGUGAUGACAGCGAACACCGCGCAGCGUCAUGUGGCUGCAGCGAAGCGCAAGGCAGAAGACGACUCUUCUGCGCACGACAAGAAGCGCAGGUUGGCUUCUCCUUUCUCUCCCGUCUCAAGUGCCUUGAGACCAUGCGCUGGGCUCCCACCAGCCGUGUGGCAGCAUGUCUUCCUUUUCUGUUCGCUCGCAGACCUGGGUCGGUUGAUGCAAGUCAACCGAUCGUUUCUUUCAUGUCUUACAGACGUGCAUAAUGUCCCUGUAUCCAAGCCAGACUCUGCAUGUCUGCGUCUCCUAAAGUCCGAGUCUGUAUGGGCCUCUGCCCGCAAUGCACUUUCUCCUAGACCGCCGAAGCCAUUUCCGGGCUUCACUGAGCUGCAGAUGUGGCAGCUGGCGUGGUCACCACGAUGCCAGUUUUGCGGCAAGUCUAAUUCGUUUUCACCUGGUGAGAAGAUCUGGCAGAAAGGGCCCGGCAGCAGCGGUGUCCGCACCAUCUGGCCCUUUGGCAUAAGAGAAACGAGCCUCCUCUUCUCCGCUGCAUCAGCACUCCGACCCGCGCUCCCAUUUGCACUCAUCACCAACGAGCACAACUACAUCCCCGCGCACAUUCUGCAGUCCGCGAACACACCUCCCGACGUCGAAAUUGGCAAAUACUACUACAAAAUACAUGUCGAGGAGAUUACCCAUGAGCUCAACCAUGCGCUGAGUCUCGGCACUGCGGCAGCCGAAGAAUGGUCCAAAGGACUCGAUGCCAAAGGCAGGGAGCGGAUGAAGGUUGCUGACAACUGGGAGAGAUGGGAGCCGGGGCAGAAUGGAAGCACGCAACCAUCGCACCAAAGAAACCUUCACGAUGCGAACGAAGCCAAGGCCAGCCGGAAGACAGACAUUGAGCGGCGGUGCCAGCAUAUGAGCCCUCCCAUUCCUCCAAACAUUUUGCGACACAUGGAUUCCUUCAAGGCAGCUAUACAGAUCUCGCAGCCAAUGAACGACUACGCCUGGAGUGUGCUGCAGCCUCGCUUACUGGCCCAACUUCCUGCUGCCCAACAGGCAGAGGCUAACCACGUGUCACACGCGGCUUCGCUUUCCACAAAACCUGCAGAGCGCCGCUUUACGGAUGCCAACUCCAAAGAAGCGAAGGAGGCCAUGGACCGGGAGUGGGAAGAAUCACAACGACCAAUCCGCGACAGGCUCAGCGCCAUAGCGGACGACUUCAUCCAUCAGGACUGGGACCAGGGCAAAGCUCUUACCUUUGACAACUGCCCAAAGUUUGCGGCCGACCUCCUUACACACACUUUGUUACGCCGCCAGCACACCACGAUCCCCACUGAUGAUGCAGCCGCCAAGCCUAAGCUUGUCUUAGAGAACAUGAAAUGGGUCUAUGAUAAUAAGAUCAAGCCACUGACUGAACAGUUUCGCAAGGAUCUUUUCUUCUGUAAUGGGCAGGACUGCGAAAGCAGCUACACCGGCCACUUUGGCGGUUACUCCCGUGCUGGAACGGCUACUCCACACAUGCCAACCCACAUGCCGCAGGCCAGCCCGGGUCCGUAUUAUGGAGGUAACUACAAUGGUCCAUUUCAUCCGCCGCAGACCCCUGGCGCCCCGAUCGCUGGAUACGACUACAGUCAACAAUUUGGCACUCCAGUGGAUCAUUAUGGAUUCGCAGCUAUGGGACCUCCGGGGUAUGUUAACCAAGUAGGAUCCAAUUCGUACAUGCCAUCGCCCGCUAUGGUCAAUCCUGGUAUAGCGCCACCGCCAGCUAUGCCCCCACCUGGACACGUCGUCCCAGAUCUCAACCCAAAUAACGCCGAAGAUGCUGGUCACAGCACUAGUCUGUUUGACAAGCAAGUAAGUACUGUCAUCGAAACCAGUCAGGACAUAUGGAAGGCUACAUCCGGAGUCAAGGACAUGCCAAACAGCCUCCGGAUCUACGUUUUGCUACAUCGUGUCAUUUCAAAGUUCCAUGUUGAGUUCAAUUAUGAACCGAACCUGAAUCACUUUAUCGAUGCUUUCUCCAAUCACGAGACCCCCAAAGGCCUUAAGCUUGCUCCUGGCCUUUCCUGUAAGGCAUGUCAGGUGGGAGCCACUCACCAACUGACCGGUGCCUACUAUGCCAAACCGGCAGAGAGAAAGACGUACACUGCACUGAAUUUGCUGUUGCAUUUCAGAACGCAGCACCUGACCCCCCUGCCCUACAACACAGGUUAUGGACAGCAGACCCACACUUCUGAUUGGAAAGAGGACAUGAUCGAACUUCCAGGUGAACGUUUCAUCUCGGGCCUCAUGCACGCACCCGGAAUGGAUGAUGAGAAGCUACUCAUGAUAGCAACUGUCUUUCCAAGCUUAUUUCCCAUGCCACUGCCGAAAAUCGGGCUAAUGGCCGCGUCCGUCAGAUGGCAAGGGACGAUGUGGAUGACGAUUACCAUCAUCGUUCACGAGAUUAUGUGGAUCAUGCUCCAAGCCCCAGGAUCGUGCAUACAGGCCCAGCCUAUGGGGAGUACACUGGACGCCGUACAGCUUUCCGAGAGUAUGAGCGACUGUAUGGUCCGCCUCCAGACGAAAUCAUCUACGCGCAACCGCGCGAAGGGAGCCAUGGUCGAGAAUAUGGCGCGUAUCCUCGACAAGCGCGAUACUAUGGAGAGGACGAUGCUCAACUAG